UUUACAAGUCAGCGAUUCAAGGCUAGUUAGUGAGUCAGGACGACACAGACUUGUUUUUAUGGAUUAUAUGUCUUAUUUUGGGAUACUGGACAUUACUUGUACUUUGUCUCUGAAAAAGUGAACAAUAAGGCAAUAUUGCUGGUAGAAUUUCUUGAUCUGCAUCAACUCUGAAGAUAUUUUAAUCAUGACCUCUAAAACGUCUAAAAGCUCUACUGCGAAGGCGCGAGGGAAGGGUUUGCAGCCCCGGGAUGACUCAGAAGACGAAUUUGAUGUACCCCCCAAAGAACGCAACUCGAAUGGGGAAGAGGCUGCGACGUCAAAUGAUCCGUCUCGCGGGGAGGGAGCCGAGGCAGUGGAUAAUCGAAGUUUUGAGGAGAUUCUUGGUAGCAUCCCUCCGCCCCCGCCCCCAGCCAUGACCAAUGAACCGGGCGCUCCUCGCUUGAUGAUAACCCACAUAGUUAAUCAGAACUUCAAAUCCUACGCCGGAGAGCAGAUUUUGGGGCCUUUCCACAAGCGCUUCUCCUGCAUCAUCGGUCCUAACGGGAGCGGGAAGUCCAACGUGAUCGACUCCAUGCUGUUUGUGUUCGGGUACCGAGCUCAGAAGAUCCGCUCCAAGAAGCUGUCGGUGCUCAUCCACAGUUCUGACGAGCACCAGGGGGUCCACAGCUGCACGGUGGAGGUCCACUUCCAGAAGAUCACUGACAAGGAAGGCGAUGAUUAUGACGUCGUCCCCAACAGCAAGUUCUGCGUCUCCAGAACGGCCAACAAGGACAACAGCUCCGCCUACCACAUCAACGGGAAGAAGGCCACCUUCAAGGAGGUGGGAGCUCUGCUCAGAAGCCACGGCAUCGACCUGGACCACAACAGGUUCCUCAUCCUGCAGGGCGAGGUGGAGCAGAUCGCCAUGAUGAAGCCGCGAGGCCAGACAGAGCAUGACGAGGGCAUGCUGGAGUACCUGGAGGACAUCAUCGGCUCUGGACGCCUCAAGGAGCCAAUCAACAUCCUCAGCCGCCGACUGGAGCACCUCAACGAGCAGAGAGGAGAGAAGCUGAACAGGGUGAAGAUGGUGGAGAAGGAGAAGGGCGCCCUGGAAGCAGAGAAGAACACUGCUGUGGAGUUCCUCACCCUGGAGAACGACAUCUUCAAGCAGAAGAGCCAGCUCUGCCAGUACUACGUCCAUGACUUCCAGAAGAAGGUGAAGGUGAAGGAGGAGGAGAAGCAGAGGAUUCUGGAGGAGAGCAAGGACCUCACGGAGAGGAGCAACCAGAUCGCCACAGAGACGGAGAAGAAGAACCAGGAUCUGAAGAACGUGGAGAAGAAGCAGAACAAGCUGACCAGGUACAUGGAGGGUCAGAAGGAGAAGUUCACCCAGCUGGACCUGCAGGAUGUGGAGGUGCGCGAGAAGCUCAAACACACCAAGAGCAAGACCAAGAAGCUGCUCAAACAGCUGGACAAGAACAAGGACAUGGUGGAGGAGCAGCGCGGCGUGCUAGUAAGCAGUGAGAACACCAUCUCAGAGGCGUGUGCCCGCCGGGAGCAGCUGGAGGGCAGGAAGGUGGAGGAGGAGGAGAAGCUGGGGGCUGUGAUGGAGAGCCUGAAGGGGGAGACGAGCGGCCUGCAGCGGGAGAAGCAGGCCAGUGAGAAGCAGCUGAUGGUGCUGAGCAGGGAGGUGAACGACACGCGCUCUCGGAUGGAGGUGGCCCAGUCAGAGAUGGACAUAUACCUGAGCCGCCACAACGCCGCCCUGACGCAGCUCAGCUCGGCCAGGACGGCCCUCGCCACCACCUCCAGCACCCUGCAGGAGAGACGUGCCACAGUCCACGACCUGCAGGACAAAAUCCCCCUGUGUGAGAAGGAGCUGAAGAAGGACGAGGCGGAGCUCCAGCGGCUGCAGAGGGAAGAUGUGGGUGUCAGGGAGGAGAUGAAGGGGCUGAGGCAGAAGGUGGAGGAGGCCAAGUCUGCCCUGUCCUCAAGCCGCAGCCGGGGCAAGGUGCUGGAGGCUCUCAUGCUGCAGAAGAGGAGCGGCAACAUCCAGGGCAUCUACGGGCGCCUGGGUGAUUUGGGGGCGAUUGAUGGGAAGUACGAUGUGGCCAUCUCCUCCUGCUGUGGCGCUCUGGACCACAUCCUGGUGGACACCAUCGACACGGCCCAGAGGUGCGUCAUGUACCUGAAGACACACAACAUCGGCUUCGCCACCUUCAUCGGCCUGGACAAGAUGAAGGUGUGGGAGAAGAAGAUGUCUCCCAUCUCCCCCCCCGAGGGCGCGGCCCGCCUGUUCGACAUGGUGCGCGUGCAGGACGAGAGCACACGGCCGGCCUUCUAUUUUGCCCUGCGGGACACGCUGGUGGCCCGGGACCUGGAGGAGGCCACGCGUCUGGCCUUCCAGAGGGACAAGCGCUGGAGGGUCGUCACCCUGCAGGGACAGAUCAUAGAGAUGGCUGGCACCAUGACGGGAGGAGGAGGAGGAGUGAUGAAGGGCAGGAUGGGCUCCUCCAUCACCUCUGAGGUGUCCCAGGUGGAGCUGGGGCAGAUGGAGAGCCACCUGCAGCAUCAGGUGGAGCGUGGGCGGGGCUGCCAGGAGAGGAAGCUGCAGCUGGAGGAGAACAUCCACACCCUCACCCAGCAGCUCCGAGACAUGAGGAACACCCUGGAGAAGUACACCCUCAGCCUGCCGAGCCUGGCAGAGCAGGAGGUCCAGCUGAAGGCUCAGAUUAAGGAGCUGGAGGCCAAGGAGGUGGCAGCUGCUCCAGACAAAAAGCACCAGACGCAGCUGCAGAAGACCCUGGACGCCUUCAAGAAAGAAUACGAGGCAGCCACCUGCAGGGCAGGGAAGGUGGAGGCAGAGGUGCAGCGCCUGCACACCCUGAUCCUGGACAUCACCAGCCACAAGCUGAAGGCCCAGCAGGACCGUCUGGACCAGGUGGUCAGAGAGCUGGACGCCUGCUCCUCCACCGUCACCAAGGCCCAGGUGGCCAUCAAGACUGCUGGGCGGACCCUGAUGAAGGCGGAGGAGGCGGUGCAGCGGGGGCAGGGGGAGCGGGAGGAGGGCGAGAGGCUCAUCGCUGAGCUCACAGUGCAGUUGAAGACUCUGGAGGAACAGGCUGGAGACAUCAUGAAGUCCUGCCAGGAUGCAGAGGGGGCGCUACCAGAGGUGCAGCAGCAGUACGUGAGCGUGCUGGAGGAGAUCAAGGCCCUUCAGCAGCAGGAGCACGCGCUGCAGGAGGAGAGCCUCAGCGUCAGGCUGGCCCUGCAGCAGAUAGACACCUCCUGCAAGGAGUACACCAACAAGAUCAAGCACUGGGAGAAGGAGGAGUCCAGGCUGCGCCUCCACGUGGUGGAGGGCCAGGAGCAGCAGGAGCUGGCUGGGCUGAGCCCUGCGGAGCUGGAGGCCCUCAGGGGCCCUGACGCCAUCACCAAGCACAUCUCCCUGCUGGAGGCACGCUGCGCCCAGCUCAGACCCAACCUGGGGGCCAUCGCAGAGUACAAGAAGAAGGAGGAGCUGUUCCUGCAGCGCGUGGCUGAGCUGGACAGCAUCACCUCUGAGAGGGACCGCUUCAAGCACGGUGUGGAGGACGUCCGCAAGCAGAGGCUCAACGAGUUCAUGGCCGGCUUCAACAUCAUCACCAACAAACUGAAGGAGAACUACCAGAUGCUGACCCUAGGGGGCGACGCAGAGCUGGAACUGGUGGACAGCCUGGACCCCUUCUCUGAGGGCAUCAUGUUCAGUGUGCGUCCUCCUAAGAAGAGCUGGAAGAAGAUCUUCAACCUGUCUGGAGGAGAGAAGACCCUGAGCUCUCUGGCGCUGGUGUUUGCUCUGCACCACUUCAAGCCCACGCCCCUCUACUUCAUGGACGAGAUCGACGCCGCACUCGACUUCAAGAACGUCUCCAUCGUGGCUUGCUACAUCUAUGAGCAAACCAAGAACGCCCAGUUCAUCAUCAUCUCCCUAAGGAACAACAUGUUUGAGAUCGCCGACCGCCUCAUCGGCAUCUACAAAACUCACAACACCACCAAGAGCGUUGGCAUAAACCCCAAAACCAUCGUGUUCCAGCAGCCUGAGGUGCUGACUGCCUGAGAAGCAGGAGGAGCAGGAGGAGAAGGGUCCAGCUGGGGCCGUAGAGAUGAAUUUCUGCAUUGGAAUGCUUCCUUUUUCCUGUCACACCACAGGUCCUGUCACGUGUAAAUCUAUUAUUCUGUCCAUAAAUGCUGCUGCUGCUUUUUUUUUUUACUGUUGCAAAUAAAUCUUUUCUAAUCUG